ACUAUGCGAAAAAACAAACAAAACAAAAAGAUUAUAAAAGGCGAUUAUCCCUGAUGAGCAAAAUUCAUGUAUGAAAAAUAUGACACAGAGAUCAUCAGGCUACCAGGGUCGCUUUAGCUUGUUCCUGUUGUUUUAUUAUCAUUCACUCACAAACUAGCCGUUGCUAGCACUGUUAGCAUUGUUAGCCAGCUAUUCAGUCAGCACCACGAUCUGAGCAAGGGCUAUUAGAGAACACUGUUGUGCCUGAGAACUACAUUUGGAAGAUAUGGCCCCGACACAGACCACAUCCAUGCUCCGUUUACACAAAAGCUCAGAGGAGCACACACUGCUACCUGGCAUGUAUACUGAUCAUGAUCUCCUGCUCUGGACCAGCUUCCUCUCUUCACGUCCCUCCGGCGACUUCAAGUCAGAGUUCUGCUUUCUCUGCCACACGAACCAGCAGCAUGGAGGGAGGCAAGCAGAAGGCGGUGACCUUCAACAGGCUCAUGGUCAACAUUGGAGGGGAUUUUAACCCAGACACUGGGCAAUUCCGCUGUCGUGUCCCCGGGGCUUACUACUUCUCCUUCUCUGUGGGGAAAUUCCCAAAGAAAAUGCUUUCUGUGAUACUGGCGAAGAACGGAGAGGAGGUGCAGGCCAUAGCAUAUGACGACUACCGCAAGAAAGGAAGGAAAAUUCAAAGCCAAAGUGUUAUGAUCAGUUUAAAGGAAAUGGACACAGUGUGGCUGCUUUUGCAGCAGAGUCCUCAAUAUGCUUUGUACAGCAACGCUGGCCCUUACAUUGCCUUCUCUGGUUACCUUGUCUAUCCUGACAUCUCCCCAACAAGCUACAUCAGCAACCAUCUGUCCACAUCAGGGCCGUCCUACCCAAACUGCCCCCCUCAGGCUGAACCCUUGUCCAGAGGUCAUACAUCAGAUCAGCCAAGGUCAGCCUUCUCUAUGGCACGGACCUCCACACUCAUAGGUCAGAGUAUCAAGCAGCAUGAAAAGCCACCUAUGACCUUUGAUGUGGAAUACGUCAACAUCGGGGGGCAUUUCAAUAAAACCUCCGGCCUGUUCACCUGCCAAUACCCAGGCGCAUACUUCUUUGCCUUCACUGUGGGGAAACACCCUCGUAAGGCGGUUUCUGUGAAACUGAUGAGCGGGAAGGGCGAGGUGCAGGCGAUGGUGUUUGAUGAGGACACGUCGAAGAGAAGGGAGAUGCAGAGUCAGAGCCUGCUGCUGUCUCUCCGUCGGGGCGAGAGUGUGUGGCUGUACAGUCAGCAGGAUGAGCGCUACGCUGUCUACAGCAACCAGGGGAGGUACACCACCUUUUCUGGCUUCCUGGUUUACCCUCAAGCAGAAAAACUCCCACUUCCCACCACCCAGGACAGAACUCAACGCUAAAUGUCUUUACCCUUCAUAACAGAGUCUGAUGUUUUUGUAGAAGAUCUGUUUAUUAUUUCUUUGUAGAUCGAGCAUAAGAAGAAUUCUGUGGUCAGUAUGGUGUUACUACGUUGGUACUGCUUUGUUUGUUUGCUCCUGUAACCCUAUAAUGUAACUCAUAGGAGGAUAUCUGUUGCCAAAUUACGCCACAAGAUGGAGCUGUAAUACAAUAAAGGACAUUAACCUGCAUGCAACAGGGUUAUUUAUGUCCUUGAAGUGUAAUUAACUGUAAGACAUCACAAUAAGAAAAAUAUAUUUUAAAUAACAACUCGUUCAUUAAGUAACACAGUUGGGUUUUUGUUUACAGACGUAUUUACUUGUAUUGUACUUAAUGGUUUUAAAUGGAAAAAACAGUAUUGCCUGUUGAGAAAUAUUGUGUAAAUGAUGUAUGGUUUAUUCAAAUCUGCUCACUGUGAAAAAUAGAUACAGAUGUGAGUGGUGCUCAUUUGAGUCAUGUCAUCGACGUAGUAUUGCAAAAUUCAAUUGUAGAUAUAUCUUUAUUUCUUGUGAUGUUUUUAUUUCAAGAAACUAAAUAAAUGUAAACAAUUUACUGAAUUCACAAGGUCUUGUUU